GGUAGUAAUCCAUGCCUCUCUACCUGAUGAGGGUUACUGGAAGUUGGCUUUGCCUCGCACUCCCAUGCCUAAAGCUAUACUAGAUCUGUUGCAGUCCAAAGGUCUAAGUUCUGUCGAUGCUUCUACUGCCUCUUGUACUAUUCACAUCCACUUCGAUAAAUUCUCUCAACCCGCGGGAGAAGAGGCUCAAGUAGAUGACUCAAAAAUAGGUAGCUUCUUGGAAACAGACCUGCAUCCAGGUAAAAAAAUGAAGAUGAACUUGGCCACAACUACAAAUGGAGCUGUUUUCUUGCCUCAUCAAGUUGCUGAAUCCAUACCCUUUUCAUCCAACAAGCUACCUGAAAUAUUGAACCGGUUUUCCCUGAAAGAAAAAUCCACAGAAGCCGAGAUAAUAAAGGAGCUAGAGGAAUGCGAGGAGCCUGCCAUGGAAGGAGAAGCAAGGUACUGUACAACAUCAUUAGAGUCCCUAAUCGAUUUCAGCACUUCAAAGCUUGGAAGAAAUGUGAAUGUGCUGGCGAAUGAGGUCAAAACGGGGAGCCAGGAGUAUGAGUUUGGAGUGGGAAUGGAGAAGCUUGCCGACAAAUCAGUGGUGUGCUAUAAGAUGAACUACCCAUAUGUUGUUUUCUACUGCCAUACAUUCACUAAGACACGGACUUACAUGAUUCCGUUGGUGGGUGCUGAUGGAAGCAAAGCUAAAGCCAUGUCAUCUUGUCAUAGUGACAGAUCAGCUUGGCACCCAAAACAUGUGGCCUUCAAAGUGCUCAAUGUUAAGCCAGGAACAGUCCCUGUCUGCCAUUUCGUUCACAACAAUGCCAUGGUCUGGAUUCCAAAAUAGCCUGAUGAUGAAAUCAACGGAAAUAUUUAAUCCUCAACCACAGUUGCAUUGUUCCACGUAAUAGUCGUUUCUAGUAUCAAUGGUGUGGUUUGAACAAAUGCAGGUUAAUUUGAGAAGAAUGUAGUGUGGAAUGCUAUUCAUCAAUCUUUCCCGGUUGAUUAAAGGAAUAUUGUAUAUAUUGUUGUGUGG